AUGGACAAACUAUUCUCCAAAAGCAAAUCACCCCAGCCCGUCUACACCUUCACCAUCGACAGCUCCGGCGAGACAAUCACCUGCGCAGACAGACCAGCCUUCCACCUCACCACCCAGAAAUCCAAACCACACCUCACCAUCUCGCGUCUCCCACCGCCAGGACCAUGGUCUCCAGCGCCUGUUCCCAUCGGAACCUGCACCGUCCACAAGUUCCCCUCUAGCAAGGUGGACAUCACACUUCACGGCCACGAAUUCCUGCUCAAGCGCGACCUCCUCAAAAGCGAUAACCACCACUUCGAUUACCCGCCUCUAGGGCACUUCAAAUGGAAGCCUGAUGCAUGGGGAGGGAGUAAACUCGAGUUGUUCGACAACGACCGGCGGUUGUUGGCAAGAUACCACAAGAAGCUGUCAUUGAAAGGACAGGGUCAGCAAAUCGAGGUGUUUGUGCAAGGCGAUGAGCGGUUCGUGGAGAUGGUGGUUGUGACGGCGUUGGCGAUGAGGCAUUAUAUCGAGGUGGAGAAUAAGGAUAUUAAGAAGGUGACUGACAUUCUUGAUGCUGUGGGCGGGGGUUAG